GCUUGAAGAGCUCCAUCAAAUGUGCACUCAGAUUACCUACAUGGAUGGCACUAGAAGAGUUGAUCAAAUGGUGUAUCGAUAUCCAAACAGACAUGACGGGUCACUGUGGAAUGAGGAAUUCCUCCUUACCACUCAGGAGGACGUUGAUGCCAUGGUCCAAUUUUCGACCACAAUAAAAUUAAGCAAGAGGAGAUGUUCGUUUACACCGAGGCCGUUGAAGGCAAUGUAGGUCAUUCUGGAGAUGGCCAAACAUCUGGUAUCCACGGUGGGAGUGUAUUAUACGAAGAUCAUCCCCACCAGGAUUUCCAAGACUUGAGCUGGAGGCAGGAGUAUCAUCAUGGAACUGAAGGAAGUCAUCAAUCCUUCCCUUCAUAUGAAGAAGAAGCUCAACAGGCGGAUCACAACCAACAAGCAGGCUACCAGUACCCACCUGAGUACAACUUCUAUCAAAGUAGUGUUAGUUACCACAACUACCAUUACGGAGCUGGUGAAGGUGAAGGUGCCUUUCAUGAUGAUAAUCAGAUGGAAGAAGAGAUCAAUCCAAGUCCAGUUAGUGACCCUGAGGUUGAAGAAGAGGAAGGCGAAGUUAGUGCAGACAGCUUCGAUCCGCUGGAAGGUGCUGAUGAUUCCGGUCUAGAUUCAGACGCAGAUGGUGAUGAGGUACCUCACGACCGUGUACCUAUUCCAUACUACAAUCACAUUCAAAAUGAAGAUUGGUAUGUUGAUGCCGACAUGGACUCGCCAGAUGUGCCAGUAUGGGGUCCACUAACUGGCUUUACGAAGGGCCAACAAUUUGCAACAAAGAAUGAGGUCCGACACGCUAUUUCCACUGAAGCAAUGACUCGGAGUUUUGAAUGGCAAACAACUCAUUCCGACACAAAGAGGCUGAUGGUUCGAUGCAAAAAUGAAGAUGAGGGAUGCAAAACUAGGGUCCGGGCCAUCAAGAGCAAGAGAGUCGGCCAUUGGGUCAUAUAAUUUAUUUUGUUAAUCGUAUUGAUUAUUUUCAAUAAUUUAAAGCAAUACAAGUACACUCGUAAGACUCUUAGGAGAGGUAUUCAUCUCCUUAGAAACACAGUCUUUUUGACAGAAAAAAGGGGGGAUCCGAGGAUCGCUUAGAACCCGAUUUUCCCAGGUCAUGGGAGGAUCAUGAUGAUCGCUUAAGUCCCCAUUUCCUUAGACAUGCAUUUCUUUAUAAAGAGUCUAAAUAAGU